UUUUUGUUAACGAAAUUGCUUUGUAGUCCUGGCUUUCCUGAAACUUACUAUGUUGGACUGGGGAAGGGCGGUGGGAGGAUUUGAACUUGCUGAGAUCUGUGUGCCUCUGCCACAUUGUACUUAGCAAUGCUUUGCAUGUGGGGCCGUUUGACUCAGGACUUUUUGUCCUACAGACCUAAUGAGUUGGCAGUGAGCACAGAGACCUUCUCUGAAAGAGAUCUGCUUGGUAUUUUGGUGCUGACUUCAAGACCGAGGGUCCCCAAAUCUGUGUUGCAGCCCUUUGCACUGCGAAUCCUCUGAUCAAGGAGUAUGUAGUGAUCAGAGGCUCUGUUUGGGGUCCGAACUUCAUCUGCCCUAGGCAUCAACAGAUCCUGGUAGACGACAGACACACUCACAUUCCAUGGACGAUGCUACCCAGGAAGCCAGAGUACAGGAAGAGGUCGAGCAGGUGGGCUGGGUAGGAUUAUGGCAGAGUGACACCCCAUGAGGAGGCAGCCAGCUGUGACUACUAUCACAAGGUCCCAACACAUUGUUAUCUGAGCCGUCCAGCAUGCUCUGCUCACCGCAUCCAGAGGUGCACUGACCAUGAGCCUCAACUCCUCCGUCCACUACAGGAAGGAGCUGAGCAACCUCACUGCCACAGAGGGUGGUGAAGGGGGAGUGGUCACCGAGUUCAUCGCCAUCAUCAUCAUCACCGUAUUCGUCUGCCUGGGCAACUUGGUCAUUGUCGUCACGUUGUACAAGAAGUCCUACCUCCUCACCCUCAGCAACAAGUUUGUCUUCAGCCUGACCCUGUCCAACUUCCUGCUGUCCGUGCUGGUGCUGCCAUUCGUGGUGACUAGCUCCAUCCGGAGGGAAUGGAUCUUUGGCGUGGUCUGGUGCAACUUCUCGGCUCUUCUCUACCUGCUAAUCAGCUCGGCCAGCAUGCUCACCCUUGGGGUCAUUGCCAUCGACCGCUAUUACGCUGUCCUGUAUCCGAUGGUGUACCCAAUGAAGAUCACGGGGAACCGAGCUGUGAUGGCGCUCGUCUAUAUCUGGUUCCACUCUCUCAUUGGCUGCCUGCCGCCCCUAUUCGGUUGGUCAUCGUUGGAGUUUGAUGAGUUCAAGUGGAUGUGUGUGGCUGCGUGGCACCGGGAGCCUGGCUACACUGUCUUCUGGCAGAUCUGGUGUGCCCUGUUCCCCUUUCUCAUCAUGCUAGUAUGCUAUGGUUUCAUCUUCCGUGUAGCCAGGGUCAAGGCCCGAAAAGUGCACUGUGGUUCGGUGGUCAUCGUGGAGGAGGAUGCCCAGAGGAGUGGGAGGAAGAAUUCCAGUACCUCCACUUCCUCCUCAGGCAGCAGGAGGAAUGCCUUUCAAGGCGUGGUCUAUUCAGCUAACCAGUGCAAAGCCCUCAUCACCAUUCUGGUGGUCAUUGGCGCCUUCAUGGUCACCUGGGGCCCCUACAUGGUUGUCAUCACCUCCGAGGCACUCUGGGGGAAGAACUGUGUCUCCCCAACCCUGGAGACUUGGGCCACAUGGCUGUCCUUCACCAGUGCCAUCUGCCACCCUUUGAUCUAUGGACUCUGGAACAAGACUGUUCGCAAGGAGCUCCUGGGCAUGUGCUUCGGGGACCGAUAUUACCGGGAACCAUUUGUGCAGCGACAGAGGACCUCCAGGCUCUUCAGCAUUUCCAACAGGAUCACAGAUUUGGGCCUGUCCCCACACCUUACAGCUCUCAUGGCAGGUGGACAGUCCCUGGGACAUAGCAGCAGCACUGGUGACACCGGCUUCAGCUACUCCCAGGAUUCAGGGACGGAUGUGAUGCUGCUGGAAGACUGCCCUUCCGAGGACAACCCUCCCCCACACUGCACUUGCCCACCCAGGAGAAGGAGCUCCGUGACAUUUGAGGACGAAGUGGAACAGAGCAAAGAGGCUGCCAAGAACUCUAUUCUCCAUGUGAAAGCCGAAGUCCACAAAUCUUUGGACAGUUACGCAGCCAGCUUGGCUAAAGCCAUUGAAGCUGAAGCCAAAAUCAACUUAUUUGGGGAGGAGGCUUUGCCAGGGGUCUUGUUCACAGCACGGACUGUCCCAGGGGCUAGCUUUGGGGGGCGUCGAGGCAGCAGAACUCUUUUGAAUCAGAGGCUGCCACUGCAGAGCAUUGAGGAAGGGGAUAUCUUAGCUGCAGAGCAGAGAUGAAGACCUCAGAGGGGACUGGGGCCGCAGUGGAGCUACUGGUACCGGUGUCUGUGCCAAGGCCCUGGAAGACGUCACCCCUCACGGAGGGCCAGACGCUAGGAAGGAAACACUGGGGACGCAGCCAGGAGGACUGGAAGUUCUGACUUCACUGUCUGCCGUGAAGGCACAUGGGGCUGUCCAGGGUCCCUGGGAUGGAAGGCGGCUUCCAAAGCACACUGAAAACGCAGAUGGAGAUGUGGCUGCUGUUUCGGAAGGACAGAGACAAUGGGUUUAAAGGGAAGCCAGCCUGUGGAUCAUGUCUUCACCAGUAUCCUGCUGGUCUAACUGUUCAUGGUCUCAGAGGCGGUCAAUACUCAGUGUACCUCAUGGGAUGCAAGGCCAUCUGGGUUUCUAUGUGGUUGAUCCAGGCAGCAUAGGGCCACAUGGGCUAGCCUAAAUACACAACAGUCCAGAGAACACACAGGAGUAGAGCACCAUACUCAGACACCCCAUAUCUAAUGCCCUCAUUAGGAUGUGGCCUUUGGUGACACCUGCUGCUGGUCUGUAGGAGCAGCCCACAGGCCACCCAAGAUGGGGCCACCCCACUCACCUCUUUGUUGACAGAUGUUUUAGUAUUUGCAAAGAAGGGAGAAACCACUAUAAAAGAUAAGGGUGAAUACCAGGCAUUUCAUUUCCAAAAUGAAAACCCCAGGAGAUUAGGGUAUGUCACUAAGACCGGGGCUGUGAUGUCACGUACAGCAGGGAAGAAUCUAGGGGAAAUCCCUCACAUAGGUGAUGUGGGAGAUGCUUGAGUGACUGACAAACAUAGCUGGCCUCAAUUCAUUGCCAGGAGCAAUUGUGAUUGUCACUGCAGCUUUGGAGCAGGCACAAGGUAGAAUGGGCACUGGAGCUGGGUUCACAGCCUGGGUUCCUGACCCAGCUUGGUCUUUGUCUGCGUAUCUCUGGAACAUCCUGUCCUGUCACUAGGCCAUUUGGAGAAAUGGGAGAGGAGUGAGGAGUUGGAACGAGUUAGUCUCCAAGAUAUUUCCAGCUCUGAUCCUUGAUGUCUUCUGAACUUGUAAUUUAAGAGAUGGGAACAAACAGAACAUGACUAGUGAAUGAACCAGCAUUUGCAUACUUUUGAGUGUGUGUCCAGUGAACACGCAAGAGCGACCUGCACACUCUGGCCCUGUGUCUCUUUACUGUUUGAUUGUUUAGGGCAGUCCUAAAUGCUAGCCACCGAGGCACAGGUAUGAAGACCAUGCCACAGCUGACACAAAGGUAGGGAAGCAGGUGGGGCUCAUUGACUUGGACCCCUUGCUCCUUGAGCUAGAACUUGAAGUUUGAGCUUUGGGUGCUUGCCAGGAAGACCACCUUUCCUGUUCUUCUUAAGUCUGGGUGCUUAGAGAAGCUAGGCUCAGGGCUCUCCAUUUCACAGCAAAGGAAGACCCCACUUGCUGUAUCAGCCACUAGGCAGCCAUUCCAGAGUGAAUUACUUUUCAUGUGUUUUCUGUGGGCUACCUGGCUCCUGGUAUGGCAGUAUCUUUUUCCUGUGGUUCCUGGUGUGCAGCUCACUGAAGACAUUUCAUGAGACUUGGCAUUUGCCUUUGUAUGGUUGAUUUUUGUCAACACCACCUACUCCAGGACAGCUGUGCAGGGGGUUGGUAGGAUUUUGGAUGGAAUGGCCGUGGGCAGAGGAUAGGUACUGCUCUCACCCUGGCAGCAUUUCUGUUCUCUUUCUAGUGUGUUAUCUUUUUCUAGUACUUGUCCGGUGUCUGGAGGGACCAUAUUCCUAAUGCACAGAAGUGGAUCAUGGCAUAGGCCUUGCCCCCUAGGGACUGGUUGCCAGUUAGUGCAAUAGACUGAUUUAAGACUCAAAGGUUGGAGAGUUCUUUCUUGAUUGCCUGGGGCUAGGCUUUAUGGAAAGGAUGCUGAGGCCUCCAAGUCCUGCUGGCUGACCCCUAGGUCAUCUAAACUGACCUAGAAAAUGGAAUUUUCAGUGUUUUUAAUGGGAAUCCACGCCUUUUAAUGGAGUGAGGACUAUUCAUUUGCCCAACACUGCAGGCCUAUAAAGCACCUCACCAGGCACUGGGACAUAACAGCAGUGUUUAUUAAUCACUUCAGAAGAGAGACAGCCAGAAGAUACUGUUGUGGAUGCAGAGCAUCCAGCAGUGAUGCCAGAACUGUGGCUCCAGAGGGUCAGAGUAUUCCAACUAGGAUCCUAGGGCUGAGCCAGUGAAGCAGAUGACCAUCUCGACUGAGUCUUGGAGAGUGUGUAGGAGCCAGAACCAUGUUUUUGCAUAUUCAGGGAUUCUCAUUUGUCCAACUGAGCUAGAGAGAAGUGACUGAGGAGAGAGAGGCAGUCCACACAUUUUCUUUUGUCUUCUAUGGAGAACACCUGCCUUCUUUUAGAAGCCCACCAUCCCAGCUAAACCCAGCCAUGUUAGCUACAAACUUCCCCAGGGCACUCAUGGGUAGGGGCAGGUGGGACCUUUGGCUACUUGUUUGGUUGAAUACCUCGGUCCUGAUUCGGGCAGGAUCACUUGGAGGGCCAUGGCCCAUCUCUGCCACUGCUUUACAAGAUUUUCCCCUUGACUUGGUUCCUGUGCUGUGUUCCAGACACUAGCUGUGGGACCUGUUGCAUCCAAGAAGGCCAUGAGUUCAGCACUACAGUAUACACAGCUCAGCACCUAGUGUUUCCCUGGCCAGACAACCCAAACUGGAGUUCAACACCUUAGACACUAGAUGGCAGCAGCAUGGCUGUGGAGAGGGGGAAAAAACAGGGUGGCUUGUUCUUCUGAGCCCAGCCAUGAACACAAAUGCCUGGCCUUGACAACUAAUCCUCCGGGAAUACCUGCACAGCGCUGUGUGAUCUUAAGCAAACCACAACUCCUAAGGGAGGAUGAUUGCAAAGACAAUGGCCCAUUGGUGCUAAUGUUCUUAAAGUCUCAUUUGUCUAACUGUGACUUCAUCUUUCAGCAAAGAAUGAAACCAUCACUCAGUAUUUGCUAUAGGGCACUGUAGAUUGGGUAUAGACAGGAAAAAUAAUGUUGAUCCAAUGAGAGAGUAUACUAGUCUGUUGAGAUAGAAUUAUUAUGAGAGCUUUUCCAGGAGGACAAUGUGCUCCUUAGCUUUGCAGAUUAGCGAGACAUUUCUCAAUGGAUGAACUCAGGAAACACGUUCAGCCUCAUUUCGUCUGCCUCCUGUCUGGAAGGAACAAAGAUGGUGUGGCGUCCCACUGUGUGCCUCACUUAAGACCUCUAAGAGCCUGUUAUAUGCUAGACACUAAUUGAGAACUUCAAAUGCUCCAUCUUCUUUUGCUUCAGGCAGGUGGGACACAGAAGGGAUGAUGCUGGUGUGUGGCAUGGUUGUGAGUUAAGAUCUCAGGUUGUCACUCACUAGGCAGGUGAUUGGUAAUCUGUAUAUAGGGAUUCAGAAUCCAAGGAUGCUGUCUGCAUAGGGCGGACUACAGAAAUGCUCAUGGUGCAUCCACCAAGGAAAGAAGUGCAGGCCGACUUCAGCCACUGGUCUUGCUUCUCAGUGCAACGGGCAGGGCAGACUCCUUCCUGUUUUACAGGAGUCUUUAAUGUAUGAGACCCUUCAAAAGAUAUGUUAUCCAAUUCAGGGUAAUUAAUUAUGUUGAGGGUCGUUGCCCUGGGGGAGUUUUUUGCUAUUCAGUGUAAUAGGAAUUAAUGAAGGAGUGACGACAGAGGGAAGGCAAUAGAGGAGGGUGGAAAGGCUGAGGAGAAUUUGGAACACAAGGGCGAGUAGGAACAAAAAUGAACUUUUCUAGUAAGAAAGUCUUUCUUCCACACGAAAAAGGAGUAUUUCUAUAAUAUCCCAAAUUAAAGAUGAUGUAUAGAGUGCCAACCUAUGUCAACUCAACUCUGACCUUCCCUAACACCCCCCCCCCACACUAACUCCAAUACCUUUGGGUUCUGAAGACACCCAGUCUAGCAUUGACAGUGUCUGACUCCCACCUCCCAAAGCUCUUGUGUUCCAAGACUCUGAUGGAAGAGGCAGAGGAGGUAUAGGUCUCCAUGCCACUCCCUAAAGUAUACAGAAGCUGAGGAAACCUGAGGAGGACCACAAGAACAUGGAUUCGACCAGGAAGGCCUGAGGAAAGCUGUGACUCAAAAUGAGGUAAACCAGAGGCAUAGCCAAAUUCCUAGGUCUUGGUCAUGAGUUUGAGAGAAGGAACAAGCCUUGUAGCUCAAGGAGAAUGAGGCACAGGUAGGUUAAAGGUCAUCCGUAGAAUGGGCCAGCUGGACUUUAUUAGACAGGAAGAAUCUUACCUAAGACAAGGCCUAAAACAUGGCCUUGAAGGUCAAUGUUAGGCAAUCAUCUGUUGGAAAGACUUCAAAGCACAGACACUAAUCUGCACAAGAUUACAAGCACAAUUUUGGUCAGGGUAAUUUUGGCACACAAUAUACCACUAUUUGGAACACCAAAAACCACAGGUGAGCCAGCUCCUCCCAGAGGAAAGGACAGUUCCAGAGGACUUGGGUGACAAGACCAUGCAAGUGUGGCAGAAAGCCUGCUUGCCUGGAAAUGGAUCUGCUGGUGGUAAAGACAGGCUUUAAGGAGAGUUCUGUGUGCUGUUCUGAUGACGUCUACAUAGAGGAAGAAGUGGUUAAAAGCCAAACUUCAAAAAUUAAUAAAACCCAAGCUAACCCUAAAAUGUAUUUAACUUGACAUUUUGGAUGGGGUUCUUGAAGAUAAAAUGGUCUAGGGCUAUUAUAUAUAAAUCAGUAUUUAUGAAUAAAUAAGUGUAUUUAGACAAGUUUUGUUUACCGGAUUAAAUGUUUUUGGAAUGUGUAAA